CGGAGGGCUAGGGUCUCGGCGCGCUUCCCUGCGGGAGGCCCGGGCGCUGCCACUGCGCCUGCGCCCUCAGGCUGGCGGCCCCCUGCGCCCCUCCCCCUGCGGCCGGACUUGGUACGGCCGGGCCGGCGGUUGGCGUCCUCCGCGGCUCAAGCGAGCGGCGGGCUUUUCAAAUCUUAGGAGGAGCGGCGGCGGGCCUGGCAGUGGUGCUGAGAUGGAGGCGCAGACCUUGAGGGGUCCCGAGCUCCGCCUGGCGGGCCUUCCCGCCCAGCAGGACUGCAGCAUUCAAGAAAAAAUAGAUUUAGAAAUUCGAAUGCGAGAAGGAAUAUGGAAACUCCUUUCUCUGAGUACUCAGAAAGACCAGAUCUUGCAUGCAGUUAAGAAUCUCAUGGUAUGCAAUGCUCGAAUAAUGGCUUACACAUUGGAGCUACAGAAAUUAGAAGAACAGGUUGCAAAUCAAACUGGAAGAUGUGAUGCGAAUUUUGAAAGUAAAGAACGAGCGGCAUGUAAAGGGAAGAUUGCCAUAUCAGAUAUUCGAAUACCGCUAAUGUGGAAAGACUCUGAUCACUUCAGCAACAAAGAACGAUCACAGCACUAUGCCAUUUUCUGUUUAUUCAAAAUGGGAGCUGAAGUUUUUGAUACUGACAUGGUGAUUGUGGAUAAAACAACCACAGAUAUAUGUUUUGAAAAUGUAACUAUAUUUAAUGAAGCAGGGCCAGACUUUCAGAUAAAGGUAGAAGUAUAUAGCUGCUGUACAGAAGAAUCUUCUAUAACCAACACACCAAAGAAACUAGCCAAGAAGCUGAAGACAUCUAUAAGUAAAGCUACAGGGAAGAAAAUAAAUUCGGUGCUUCAAGAAGAUCAUGAAACAUGCUUGUCCUACAGUUGUGCUAUUUCGGGUACAAAAUAUAAUUUGCUAGCUCAUACUACUCUGACCUUGGAAAGUGUUGAGGAUAGCUUCAAGACCCAUAAUCUGUCCAUUAAUGGAAAUGAGGAGUCUUCAUUUUGGCUUCCCUUAUACGGCAACAUGUGCUGCCGCCUAGUUGCCCAGCCAGCGUGCGUGGCUAAGGAUGCAUUUGCAGGAUUUCUACAUCAGCAGCAAAUGGUAGAAAGCCUGAUUAGUUGGAGAAGGUUGUACUGUGUUUUAAGAGGGGGUAAACUCUAUUGUUUUUAUACACCAGAAGAAAUUGAAGCCAAAGUGGAGCCAACUUUGGUAGUGUCCAUUAACAAGGAAACCAGAAUUCGCGCAAUGGAUAAGGAUGCCAAGAAAAAAAUUCAUAAUUUUUCUGUUAUCAACCCUGUUGCUGGACAGUCUGUAACUCAUAUUUUUGCAGUGGACAGUAGAGAAGAUCUCCAGAAAUGGAUGGAAGCCUUCUGGCAGCAUUUUUUUGAUCUUAGCCAAUGGAAGCAUUGUUGUGAAGAACUUAUGAAAAUUGAGAUUAUGUCACCACGGAAACCACCUUUGUUCUUGACAAAAGAGGCGACCUCAGUCUACCAUGAUAUGAGCAUUGAUUCACCUAUAAAACUUGAAAGUUUAACUGAGACCAUACAAAAAAAACUUGAAGAGACAAAUGGACAGUUUCUUAUUGGUCAGCAUGAAGAACCCUCACCACCUCUUUGGGCCAGCCUCUUUGAUGGUAAUCAUGAAGUGGUUAUCCAGAAAAAGGUGUUAUCUCCUGCAAGCAAGCAGUUACAUGACGGGAAAGGGAAAAAGAGACGUGCUCCCCUUCCUCCUUCUGAUAAAGCUCCAUUCAGCUUAAAAACACAGAGCAACACAGAUCAAUUGGUUAAGGACAACUGGGAAAAAACAAGUGUAUCUUGGGCCUCGCCUUUGGAUACCAAAUUAUCAACCCUAAUGCAUCACUUACAGAAACCAAUGGCUGCUCCUCGAAAACUUCUCCCUGCCAGGAAAAAUAAUUUAACUGAUGGCGAACUCACAGACACUAAAACCAAUUUUGAAGCCAAGCCAGUGCCAGCUCCGAGGCAGAAAUCUAUCAAAGACAUUUUGGAUCCUCGAUCAUGGUUGCAAGCACAAGUAUAGAAAACCCUUAAUGUAUAAAACAUUUAAGAAAAUCUAUAACUGUUAGGCUUAAUUCAGAAGCACUGGUGAUAUAGUGAUACAUAAUUAUGUUGGUAAAUAUGAUAGUGAUUUACAUCAAUAAUUAAUAAGCUAUUAGGUAUAAAAAAUGUUUUAUAAUGAAGAAAUGGAUUUCUCUUUUACUUCUGAUUUUCAGAACGUAAGUGAUUUCCUCAGUAGAGUGCAAGAGGCAGUUUCUAGACAAUAUCCUAAUUGUUGGAAGGGUUAAUUUAUUCCUAAAUUAGUACCAGCAGUGAGCAAGCACUAGGCAGAAGAAGGCAUUAAAAUUUCUUUGGGGAGAGACUGUCUAGUAACUUAAAAUGUGUUAAAUCUGAGCCAUAUUCUCAUUGUGAGAAUUUUAAUACUAAUGGAAUGUUUCAAAAGUUUUAUUCAAACCACAAAUUAUAGAAUCCACCCAAGAAAAUUUCUUCUUAGCAUUCUGGAAUUCUCAUCUAAUGGUUCACUGGCUCUCAUCUAUUGUUUAACUCACUAGUUAACUCACUGACCUUUCAAAUUCCUGGGAUAAAUUUUGGAAUAUUAAAUUCUUCAUCUUUAAAGGGGAUUUAUAAUGUGCUAUUCAAAGUUGUUUCCUUGAUGAGCCCUGAAAUCCUGUUGACAUUAACUCAUAAAGUGAAGCAUAACAUUUAUUAGUUUAGAGAAAAGGUAAAUGAAAUGUUCUUUAUUUCCACUUUUCUAUGCAUGGUGCUAAUUUCCAUUGUGACAUUGGAAUUUGGGGAAGUGAGUAGCUGAUUAACACCUUAAAAUUCAUUUAAUGCUUAUUUAAAAAGCAGAUGGCCGAUUGAAAAAUAUCAGAAAAGUUGGCCAUGAUAAUAAUUUUCAGAAUUAAUCCUUUUAAAACAUUUUAAUUAAAUUUCCUUUUUUCUAGUAAGGGUUGAUGUCUGCUAUUGAUAUUAUUCAUUAAAAGUCAUAUUCAUACAACAAUGACAUCGGAAUCAUUUCCAUAGGAGGUAAUUUCCAUAGCAACUAAUCACAGUGACCCAAACAGGAUUAUGAAAUCAACAGCAAGAGGAUGCAUACCUUAAGGAACAAAAAAAUCCAUUUUUUAAAUAAUAAUGAUUCCUCUAAAUAAGAACUGAACAGUUUUAAAAAUCAAGUCAGAAUUUUCAAAUAAAACAGUUUCCAUAAGGUGUCAGCAACAGCACCAAAAAAUGUGAAAUCACACUGAACCCUAAAUGUCAUUGCAAGAAAUAAAAAUUCAAGAAUUAAAUUACUGGCCUGCGUAUAAUCUCUAGAGAUCUUUUUAAAGCUCAUGAGAACUCUAUUUGGAUCAGAACUACAUUAUUACAAAGUAAAAUGAACACUUGACAAAAAAUAACAUUAAUUUAAAUGGAGCCUUUCAUUAUUUUUAGAUAGCAGUCUUUUUUCAUUUAUAGAGAAUGAUGUAACUGCCAGGUUACUUUUGUGUUUGCCCAGGCCUCCUAGUCAGAAUUGCAACUCGAGGGAGUAAUGAUACAAAAGGUCUCUUGUGACCAGUAUUUGAUGAGAAGGAAGCCCCUUAUGCAUGCCUUAGAGGGUGUAGAGACAGUCACGUGUAUGAAAACCUGCAAAGGUAGGAUUAAUUUGUUUUUUCUAACUAGGAGGCUCUCCUCAAUGUCUGUUGUGGUUGCCAAAUCAGUGAAGGACAUAUUAAAAAUCUACAGGAUAUUAUGGUUUGAAUUUUUGUUUAUUUUUUAAACCUCACUGCUGUUUUUGACAGCAUUUGUGACUGUCAUUGCCACUAAAUUAUUGAGCUAGAAGAUGCUGCAGGCAAAAUUGUUUCUGAAACUGGCAUCUAAGCAUUUUUUUUUUUUUAGUGGAAGCCUUCCUUAUAACAACCGGUGUUAAAACUUCCAAAUUAUAUUCUUGUCAUUUCCUCAUGCAUAUUAUAUCAAGAAAGAUUUAAGGUGUACUGGAAAGAGAAUGUACUCCUAGAGAACCUAAGUAGCAGUUGUGCCCUCCGUGGGGCACUUUGAAACAAGGCUGAAGCCCUUCCUGCUAGAACCGUCUAUGUGAAGCCUGACCAAGGGCCACCUCCCUCCCGCAAUUAUUCAGGCCGGUUCUGGGGGCCCGUCUCACUGUACGCUGUGCAGCCUUUGCACUCAGGCUGAAGUUUCCAGCUUCACUUCCUUUAACGUCGUGCUCAUUAAAUGUUCAUUCACUUCCCCCCAAAAGGUAUAAUACAGAGUUGGGGCUCCCUCCCUUCCUUCUUUCCAUCUUACUCCCUUCCUUCCUUCCUUCCACAGUUAAAAAAAAUCUAAAAAUACUUAAACACUUUGUCAAGGAGUUCGUCAAAAGAAGUAUUUGUUUUCGCAUUUCCUAAACCGGAAGUUUAUGACAUAUAAAAAUAUGCCGUGUAAUGAAAGACAUUUCAGCUUUUUAUGAGCUGGCUUUUCACAUUCUUUGUCCUUUUAAUUUGUUUCUUGAUAGAUGAAGACCAUAAACUUGAAAACAAAGAGUUAGCUGUCAGAUCUUGACAAUAUUAUAAUUAGAGAAAAAAGAAUAGAUAUUUUAUGAUAUUAUGAUAAUUCUGGUGAUCUGAAGAUAAUGUCUUAGAAAAUUACAUUUACAUUUCAAACUCUGGGAUAUAAAUUACAACAGCAUUAAGAUAGUAUUAUUUUUACUUGCUACAAAGUGGUGAGCUUUUUAUUUAAACAUCUUGCCAAGGACAAAGAAGGCAUCUUGUUACUGGAAACACACACCUCCUAAGGUAAACAGUCUUUCAAAAUAUCAGGCAUGCCAUGCCAACUCUUGGGGAGUUUGGUUAAAUCCUCCUUAACUGUCUUCAGUGCCCCCUGACUUCUUUUAAAUGGAUGUGCAUGUAUGUGGAAAACUGAUUCCAUUUAUUAUAAAUGCCUUAUCUUUACCCUUUAAGAUCCUACUAAAUACAUUUUUCUAGUAUUUAUUAAAAAUGGAAGCUGCCUUGAGUUAGAGACAAUUCAUCUAAGGUAGGUUAAGCAGUCAAGUAUUUCCUUAGGCUUAUGUUCAGCACCUUAGUCACCUACUGAGAAGUUAAUUAAUUCAGUCCAAAAUGAAAUUAUAGUGCAGGUUGAUGCAAUUUAUGUUAAAUGCCAGUUGAAUGUAAUCACCUGUGUUACCAUGAAUGAGGGGCAACUGUACUAGAUAAAGUGCUAUACCAUGAACAAGAAGAGAAAUGCUUUGGCAGGAAAAUAUCUGUCCCUGUGGUCAGAAUUUAUCAAAAUCCAUGUCUUUUUAAAGAGUGAAUUAUUGAACAGUAAUUAAACUUUAAUUGAUGACCAUUUACACAGGGAUCUAUUAGUCUUAAACUAUAAAGUAGACAGAGUUGACUUUGUGCACUUAGAUUUCAAAAGCAUCACUAUUUUUAAAUGUUUACAUGUUUAAUGUAACUCUGCUAAUAAUAGUUAUGAAAAAGCAGUUUAUCUGGGAUCAUGCAUAUUUUUAGUUAACACUAGAAAUGGUAUUACCUUUGAAGUUUUAAAAGACUUCAUUUGAAAAUAUGGUAGUGUGUGUUAUUUUCUAUGACAUGCUUGUAUAAUUGGCAUUUUUGUAAUGUUUAUUUUAUUUUUUUAAAGUGUAUUUUGAGUGAGAGCUCGUGCAAGCGGGGGAGGGGCAGAGAGAGAGAGAAAAAGAGUAUCUUGAGCAGGCCCUACACUAUCAGCGUAGAGCCCCACAUGGCACUUGAUCUCAAAACUGUGAGAUCAUGACCUGAGCAGAAAUCAAGAGUAGGAGGUUUAACCGACUGAGCUACCCAAGCACCCCUGUAAUUUUUAUUUUUUA